AUGACUAGUCAGAAGGAAUUUGAAGAAAUGGUUGAAGGAGGUGCAUAUUAUCAUGGUGCAACUUCAAGUAGUUGUGAUAUUUCUUCGAGAGGAAUUYGAGGACCAAUGGAUCGAUUCAUGGUGACUGAUGUUGGUGAUGUUGAUGCCGAUGGUGGAAAUAAGGUUCAAAAUCAAGUCACUCCUACAAAUGCGAAGGAGGCUCGUUUGAAACCACCAAGUAUGCAUGAACUGAGUUCAUGGAUUUUGAAAGAGGAGAUGAAGACUACACGUAAUAUUUUGAAUGACAUACGCAAGACAUGGGUAAACACUGGAGUGUCGAUCUUAUCUGAUGGUUGGAAGGAUAUGAGAGGAAGAAGUUUGAUUAACUUUCUUGUAAACUCACCAAGUGGAACGGUAUUUUUGAAAUCUAUUGACACUUCAGAUGCUAUAAAGGAUGCAAAUAUGAUAUUUCAGCUUCUGGAUGACGUAGUAGAUGAAAUUGGAGAGAAUCUUGUAGUUCAAGUUGUGACAGACAAUGCAUCAAACUACAAGUCGGCAGGAAAAAAGUUGAUGGAAAAACGAAAGCAUUUAUAUUGGACUCCAUGUGCUGCCCAUUGUCUCGAUUUGAUGCUUGAGAAGCUUGGUGAACUGCCUCAACAUAAGAAUGCCUUGAUAAAAGCAAAAAAAGUAAGCAACUUUAUCUAUAAUCAUGGAUGGGUGUUAGCAUUGAUGAGGUCUUUUACGAAGAGAGAGCUUGUUCGUCCAGCCACCACCAGAUUUGCUACUGCUUAUUUGACAUUGCAAAGCAUUUGCCAAUCUAAACAACCAUUACAAGCAAUGUUUACUUCUAAGCAACGGCAGGAUAGUGUUUGGGCAAAAAAGCCAGAAGGGAAGGAAGUUAAGAGAAUAAUUUUAAGUGACAAACAUUUUUGGCCGGCUGUGGUAUAUGCAAUUAAGACAAYUAAACCUUUAGUKGGGGUUUUGAGAAUGGUUGAUUCUGAAAAGGUGCCUGCAAUGGGAUUUAUAUAYGGUGCCAUGGAUUCAGCAAAGGAGGAGAUUGCCAAAAAUCWUGGAGGGGAGGAAGCAAGCUACAAAGAGAUAUGGAACAUUAUUGAUGAAAAGUGGGAAUUUCAACUUCACCGACAUUUACAUGCCGCAGMAUAUUUCUUGAAUCCACAUUUCCAAUAUGAUAAUAAUUUUUCCACUCAUCCAGAGAUCAAGUUGGGUUUAUAUACAUGUAUSGACAAAAUGAUUGUCGAUGAAGUUGAAAGAGUAAAAGCUGAUCUUCAGRUUGAUUCAUUUCGAAGGAGGGAAGGAUUUUUUGGCUUCCAACAGGCAAUAGCAUCUUGCAAAAAGCGAUCUCSAGUUGAUUGGUGGACUCAAUUUGGCGAUGGCACACCAGAACUAGCUAAAUUUGCCAUCAAAGUUUUGAGUSUUACUUGUUCAGCAUCUGGUUGCGAKCGUAAUUGGAGUACAUUUAAUCAGGUGCAUACAAAGAGAAGGAAUCGUUUGAGUACAACUAAGUUAAAUAACUUAGUUUAUAUCAUGUACAAUAAAAGAUUAAAGGAUAAGCACUUGAAGCGAAAGGCUCUCAAAGAGGAAGAAGAUCCAUUGCUUGGAGAAGGAAAUAGUACUCAACAGAGAGACGUYAGUGAUAAGACAAAACAACCAAAAUCUAGAAGUAAAGAUAAAGGGAAGAUGCCGAUGACAUUGGAUGAARAGGAAUGGGUGGAUAUUGAAAGUGACAAUGAAAAUGAGGAUGGAGCAAUUAGAUAUGACGAUGACUCUAUGGAAGAUCCUAUUAGUGACAGUGAUAAUGAUGUCGUAGACGAGCUUUAG